GUUUUUGGUAGGCUAUAGUAGUAGUACGUCAAAUACGUUGACGAGUCGACCGUAUCCCACUAAUGCUGUGUGAUGUCUUCAUUUUUCCAGUAUGGAGUACCCUUACGAAGCCAGUGAUGAAGCUAGUGAAUCAGAGCUCCUGGAUAAGAGUCUAUCUAUGUGGAAAGGUUGGAGUGCUCUUGACAGCAAGUGUGCUUUUGAACCCAUCCCAUUAGACUUGCACACAGCCGCUUCGAUAGGGCAAUAUGACUGUGUGCACGCUUAUAUUGCAAGCAGUGAUUUCGAUAUCAACAAGAAGAACAGGGGUAGCUGGACGGCCCUGAUGUAUGCCUGUUACAUCGGACACGACACCAUUGUCAAUCUCCUCUUGGACGCCAAGGCAAAGGUCGAUGUGAGGUCAGAUAAGGGGUCAACGGCCUUGAUGAUGGCAGCCAGCUGUGGAAAUGAAAGCGUGGCUUACUUUCUCAUUCAGGAAGGAGCAGAGCUAGAGAUCGUUGAUCAUCGAGGCUGGACUGCCCUCUUUUAUGCCACCUACAAUGGCCACCAAAGCAUGGUCCAGUUUCUCCUUGAAAAUGGCGCACAGUCUAAUGCUAGGGAGCCGUCUUUAGGUAUCACCCCUCUAAUGAUGGCUGCUGCCGAAGGCCAUGAAAUCAUUGUUAAUAUCUUACUCGGAACAGCUGGGGUAGAGAUCGAUUUGAAGAAUCAGAGAGGUGACACGGCGAGAUCGCUUGCCCUCAUGAACGGCCAUAUGAAGAUAGUGAGCUUGAUAGACAACAGGUGUAUGUCGCCCUCCAGUGUGAGAUCAGCGCCAGGGCUCGGUGACGACAUAGAUCUGAGUUCAUCCGAUGAGAACUUCCAGAUCCAACCUCCCAGACCCUCCCAUCUUCACCAUCAUCAUCAUCAUCAUCACCAUUUGAAAGGUCGGAGUUCAAAGGUCAAAGGUCCCAGCAUUCUUGAUGGACCAGAAGCAUUUGCUAAGAUGCUGGGAGAGAAGAAAGCCAAACCACCCGACCUUCGUGGCACAGACAACGCAGACCAGAAGCAGGGAGACACAGGAGAGUCCGAAGACUCCGCCUUCUGCGUGUCUGGUGCCCUCACGAUACGAAGCAGCAACUCCAGCUGUAGUAGCAGUUCGGCCGGUGGACUCGCGGGUGCGCUGGGCGUCAGCUGCGAUGCCAGUCUCUCCAGUAACGAAGGCAGCAGCCUAGAUCGGAGCGACUUGGUGCAAGAGAGAGUCUUUCAGCGGCCUCACCAAGGGGUGGAUCCUAAUGACCUUGUUGCAGGUAUCAGCAGGAUUGGACUGUCCCAAGCGCAGCAGGGAAGGACUGAGGAUUACGUGAAUCACUUACAGCAGCAUCAGUCUCAGCAGCAGCAGCUUCAUGUAGGUUGGAACCUUGGAGCCAACCUUCAAAUCUACCCCAGCGAUCCUGAUCCGCAUCGGCUCGCCCCUGCACCACUCCACCAACCCCCAGCUAUCGGCUACACCUCAACGGUCCAUCCGCUGCAGGCAGGCGACCCCAAAGGUCAUGACAUUGAGGUCAAUCCCGAGAAGGUCGGUGUUCCUUUCAGUGGCCUGAAGGAGCUGCUAGAGAGUCUGAGCCUCACCAAGUAUCUGCACAUCUUUGAGGAGCAGGAAAUUGACCUGAGAGUGUUUUUGACUCUGACCGACAGUGACCUCAGAGAAGUAGGAAUCAAGUUAAUGGGACCUAGGCGUAAGUUAACCAACGCCAUAGCCAGGUGGCACAGUCAAGCGGUACCGUUCAGCACCAAUCUAGAACAGGUGUACGCGGACAGGGUGGAAACGGCUAUGCAAGAAAUGGCCAUACAGCUGUCAGAGGAUAGCAUGAAGAAAGAGCAGCUGGAAGCACAAGUACUUCAGGAGAGAGAACUAAGGAGCGUGGUAGAGGGAUGCUUGAUGGAAGAUAAGAAGAUCUACCAGCAGAUGGUAUCCAUGGUAACGGACACCAGCAAACUGUGUCAUCGCAUGAGGCAGCUCUAUGAUAAUAUGAGAUGUUACCAAGUAGAGUUGAUGAGGCGUGUUCAGUCAAUGCCCCUGCUAUCGAGAAGAGAAAGUGAUUCAGGAAUGAGCUCCGAUGGGCGUGGCGGGUCACCAUCCUCAUCAUCAGACAUCGUUCGCUCCAUCAUGAGUAGUCCUGUUCUCAGAGGUACAGUGGUCGGCUCCAGUCAUUCAAACGAGCCAAUGGGCUCUCCCGUACGAGACGGCAGUAGACACUCAUCUGUAGAACAAGCCCUCUCAUUGGACAAUGAUAAUGUUGAACUCAGGAAGCUACCAAUGGUAGACCUUGUUGAAAUGCUGGGUCAGCUGUCGCAUAAACUCGGUCGCAUCGUUGCCAUGGUGACCAAUAAUAUGGAUAAAAUCGUUGAUGGACAGAGCGCAUUCUCACCAAAUUCAAGUGGUAAUUCACUGCCAUGACAUGUGUGGCACUACAUAAUCUUCAAAAUCCUUCAGAAGUACAUAGUUGUUAUUGAGUUUUUAACAUAAUAUGCUAUGCAAGAACAUGCAUGUGCACUACACAGCUGUGAGAUGGCAAAACAUUGUAUCUACACAAAAUGUCUUUGGGAGAUAAUCGAGUUUGAAGUUUUGAAGGAGGACAUCAGUUCUUUUAGUUUUUGUAUUUGAUAUCUGAUAUUCUGCAUGAUAAUGACCACCGAUGUCAAAAAUUUUCCUACUUAAUCCCUUAAAUUACGAUUUAUUUACAUAGGUGUAGAAGAUACAUUGUUUUGCCGCAAGUACGGUGCCAAUAGGUUGAUGUGGCAAAAAAACGUAUGUCCUAGAAUUGAUAUAACACAAAGGAACAAUCAAGGUAAUUCGUUUUUCUGCCAUAUAAGAGGAUGUGUUUGUACGGCAAAACAACGUAUGUCAAACAUAUGUUUUUCUGCCAUCUCAACCACGAACGCCCGUUGAGAAGGAGAAGAAGUCAACUUACAUGUACGUUGUUCUGCCAUCUCAACCACGAACGCCCGUUGAGAAGGAGAAGAAGUCAACUUAUGUUGUUCUGCCAGCAAAACAAGAGGGUUUUUUGGCAGGGAAGAGGGGUAAAUUCUUGGUAACGGGGCAAUUUCAAGUUCCAGGAAUUACAACUCGGAAUAUGCAAAAAAAGUUAAUUUGCCCCACAAUUCUACUUACCUUGUUUUGCCAUCUCACGACCAUAGAACUACUACUACUUCUACUAUUAAAAACAAUAGUGAGCAUGUGCAUUGCUUUAUUUCUGUCAAAUAUGACACUCCCGAGUCCUGGUGCAGUUGUGAGAACUGAGAAAUAUGGUAUAACUGUUGGCUUACAUCUACCGUGUGAGUCAAAAAAAAGUUGACACCUAGAAAAAUGCUAAUUAUUUUUAAAAUGACCUAUGGACAGUAAAUUAUUAUACAUCUUAUGAAAGAGUG